GCCGCGGCCGCUCCAUCCUGCGCCAUGGGCUGCGGGCCGUGGGCGCUGCUGGCGCUGCUGUGCGGGGCGGCGGGGGCGGCGGCCCCGCUGCGCUGCAACGUGAGCCUGGACAGCCCGCCCGAGCAGCGCUGGCUGCCCGUGCUGCGGCACUUCGACCCCGCUUUCCUGCGCGCCGCCGUCCAGCGGGUCAUCGACGAGAGCGUGCCGAAAUGGGUGCACCAAGUCAUCCAGCCCAUAGCAACCGAACUGGAGCUGUUCAUGCCGCAGCCCUUCGCGGGGGAGAUCGCGGGGAUGUGCAAAGCACUGGGAGUAAGUCUCGGAGAUGGAAUCCUGCUGAACUUCGCCUACGAAUCCACUGCGUUCUGUACAAGCAUUGUCGCUCAGGAUGACAAAGGAAACAUUUACCACGGCCGGAACCUGGAUUAUGCUUUUGUUGAUAUAUUGAGCAAGAUCACACUUGAUGUGCAGUUUAUAAAGGGUGGGCAGGUAGCAUACCAAGGCACCACAUUUCUUGGUUAUGUAGGCUUAUGGACUGGGCAAAGUCCACACAAGUUCACAAUCUCCGGAGAUGAACGAGAUGGUGGUAGAUGGUGGGAAAAUGCUAUAGCUGCUUUCCUCAAUAGGAAUUACCCUGUCAGCUGGCUUGUCAGAGAUACCCUGAGUGAAGCAGAGGACUUCCAGUCCGCUGUUCUCAGACUGGCUAGCAUUCCCAUCAUUGCUGAAGUUUACUAUAUUGUGGGAGGCAUCUCACCCAAAGAAGGCAUGGUCAUAACAAGGAACAGAAGAGGGCCAGCAGAUCUUUGGCCUCUUGAUCCCUUAGGUGGAGCGUGGUUUCGUGUGGAGACAAACUAUGAUCAUUGGACUACCCCUCCUCCUUCUGAUGAUCGUAGAACGGCAGCCAUCAAAGCUCUCAAUGCUACUGGACAGCACAACAUCAAUUUGGAUACACUCUUUAAGGUGUUGUCAGUGAAGCCAGUCUUAAACAAUAACACAGUAUACACCACAGUCAUGAGUGCUGCAUUUCCAGAUCGGUACCAGACGUGGAUGAGAACUGAGGAGUGAAGAGGUUUCAACACACUGAGUGAGAAGCUGAAGCUGUGCAAGACUAACAUAUGCUUUUGAAAUCACUCCUGGGAGCAAUACAGUGGCUUCGGUUCAUUACUGAUGUGAACCAUUCAGGAAAUAGUGAUUUGUUAACUCCUUGGAGUGUUGCAGGUGAUCCUGUUAAUGACCUGUAAUGGGAGUUUGAAAUUUAUUGUAAUUAAAUGGGUGCUCUAGUAGAUGUUGAUGGGUAAACAUGGCUUGUACUAUUUUUGGUAGGAGUUGUACAACUGCAAUGUACUUCUGUGCUGACUAAUAAAUACAUUUUGUAAGUUACAUGGCCUGUAGGUCUGAAUAUAAUGAAAUAAAAAUAUUCAGCUGAUAGCUUGA